UCACGUCAGUGACUCAACCCACUCAAGUGACGCACCCCUCCUAGGGACGGCAUGAAAAAGCAUCAGUAAGCCAGUGACUCAGCCCCUGUAAUACGGUUAGAGGCAGAGAAUCCCAGUGGAGAGAGGGGAACCGGCCAGGCAGAGACAACAAGGGCGGUUUGUUGCUCCAGAGCCUUUCCGUUCACCUUCACACUCCUGGGCCAGACUACACUCAAUCAUAUGACUCACUGAAGAGAUGAGUCUUCAAUAAAGACUUAAAGGUUGAGACCGAGUCUGCGUCUCUCACGUGGGUAGGCAGACCAUUCCAUAAGAAUGGAGCUCUAUAGGAGAAAUCCCUGCCUCCAGCUUUUUGCUUAGACAUUCUAGGGACAAUUAGGAGGCCUGCGUCUUGUGACCGUGGCGUACGUGUAGGUAUGUACGGCAGGACCAAAUUGGAAAGAUAGGUAGGAGCAAGCCCAUGUAAUGCUUUGUAGGUUAGCAGUACAACCUUGAAAUCCGCCCUUGCCUUAACAGGAAGCCAGUGUCGGGAGGCUAGCACUGGAGUAAUAUGAUUUAAAAAAUGUGGUUCUAGUCAGGAUUCUAGCAGCUGUAUUUAGCACUAACUGAAGUAUAUUUAGUGCUUUAUCCGUGUAGCCGGAAAGUAGAGCAUUGCAGUAGUCUAACCUAGAAGUAACAAAAGCAUGGAUUAAUUUUUCUGAAUCAUUUUUGGACAGAGAUGUUCUGAUUUUUGCAAUGGAAGAUGGAAAAAAGCUGUCCUUGAAACAGUCUUGAUAUGUUCGUCAAAAGAGAGAUCAGGGUCCAGAGUAACGCCAAGGUCCUUCACAGUUGUAUUUGAGACAACUGUACAACCAUCAAGAUUAAUUGUCAGAUUCAACAGAAGAUCUCUUUGUUUCUUGGGACCUAGAACAAACAUCUCUGUUUUGUCCGAGUUUAAAAGUAGAAUGUUUGCAGUCAUCCACUUCCUUAUGUCUGAAACACAGGCAUCUAGCGAGGGAAAUUUUUGGGCUUCACCAUGUUUCAUUGAAAUGUACAGCUGUGUGUCAUCCGCAUAGCAGUGAAAGUUAACAUUAUGUUUUCGAAUUACAUGCCCAAGAGGUCAAAUAUAUAGUGAAAACAAUAGUGGUCCUAAAACGGAACUUGAGGAACACCAAAAUGUACAGUUGAUUUGUCAGAGUUGAUUUGUCAGAGGUAUGGUUACCGUGGCGGCAGGGUAGCCUAGUGGUUAGAGCGUUGGACUCGUAACCGAAAGGUUGCAAGUUCAAAUCCCCCAGCUGACAAGGUACAAAUCUGUCGUUCUGCCCCUGAACAGGCAGUUAACCCACUGUUCCUAGGCCGUCAUUGAAAAUAAGAUUUUUUUUCUUAACUGACUUGCCUAGUAAAAUAAAAGUAAAAAAAAAUAACAAAUCAGGGACAGCUGUCUAUCAGCUGUCUAUCGUUGUCUCUGAUUGGGAAUCAUACUUAGGCAGCCUUUUCCCUUUUGUCAUUGUGGGAAGUUGUCUUUGUUAGGGGCACUAUAACCCUUGUAAGCUUCAUGUGCAGUUCAGUCAGAUGCCCUUAUAGAAUGCACAUCUUACCUGUUAUUUUGCCAGAAAUUUCUCACAGUAGAUGCCACUGUUGGGCAUUGCAGAUUUGGCUGCACUCUCAGACCAGCCUCUCUCAUUGAUAGACCAUGAUUUAUUACAUGAUCAAUUAUAGUAGCCCUACUCUCAUCUGAGGCUACAGCUCAUGAUCUUCCUCUCAGUCUUCUUCCACCACGCAUACGUACUCCUCUCCCUCUCCCAGCCACUCAAAGUUUUCUUGCUUUGCAUUAUUUACCAUCUUGUGCUAAGAAGUGCAAUGCCAUAGAUAGGUUCUUAAUUAUUGCAUUUUAAACAGGUAACAAACAGACAAAUAUAAGAAAUGAGCCGUUUGUGAGAUAUCGCUCUUCCUGUCUUCGGGAAAGUAUUCAGACCACUUGACUUCUUCCUCAUUUUGUCACGAUACAGCCGUAUUCUAAAAUGGAUUAAAAAUAAUCAUCAGCAAUCUACAAACAACACCCCAUAAUGACAAAGCAAAAACAGGGUUUUCAACAUUUUUGCAAAUUUAUUACAAAUGAAAAACAUAAAUACCUUAUUUACAUAAGUACCCUUUGCUAUGAGAUUCGAAAAUUGAGCUCAGUUGCAUCCUGUUUCCAUUGAUCAUCCUUGAGAUGUUUCUACAACUUGAUUGGAGUCCACCUGUGGUAAAUUCAAUUGAUUGGACAUGAUUUGGGAAGGCACACACCUGUCCCACAGUUGACAGUGCCUGUCAGAGCAAAAACCAAACCAUGAGGUCGAAGGAAUUGUCCAUAGAGCUCCGAGACAGGAUUGUGUCGAGGCACAGAUCUGGGGAAGGGUACCAAAACAUUUCUUCAGCAAUGGUCACCAAGAACACAGUGGCCUCCAUCAUUCUUAAAUGGAAUAAGUUUGGAACUACCAAGACUCUUCCUAGAGCUGGCCGGCCGGCCAAACUGAGCAAUCGGGGGAGAAGAGCCUUGGUCAGGGAGGUGACCAAGAACCUUACUCUGACAAAGCUCCCGAAUUCCUUUGUGGAGAUGGGAAGAGCUUCCAGAAAGACAACCAUCUCUGCAGCACUCCACCAAUCAGGCCUUUAUAGUUAGAUGGAUCCACUCCUCAAUAAAUGGCACAUGACAUCCCGCUUAGAGUUGACCAAAAGGCAGCUGAAAUGAGAAACAAGAUUCUCUGGUCUGAUAAAACCAAGAUUGGACUUUUUGGGCUGAAUGCCAAGCAUCACGUCUGGAAGAAACCUGGCACCAUCUCUACGGUGAAACAUGGUGGUGGCAGCAUCAUGCUGUGGGGGUGCUGUUCAGCGACAGGGACUGGGAGACUAGUCGAGAUCGAGGGAAAGAUGAAUGGAGCAAAGUACAGAGAGAACAUUGAUGAAAACCUGCUCCAGGGCGCUCAGGACUGGGACGAAGGUUAACCUUCCAACAGGACAACGACCCUAAGCACACAGCCAAGACAACGCAGGAGUCUCUGAAUGUCCUUGAGUGGCCCAGCCAGAGCCCGGGCUUGAAAUCAACCGAACAUAUCUAGAGAGACCUGAAAAUAGCUGUGUAGCAAUGCUCCCCAUCCAACCUGACAGCGUGGGAGGAUCUGCAGAGAAGAAUGGGAGAAACUCCCCAAAUACAGGUGUGCCAAGCUUGUAGCGUCAUACCCAAGUAGACUCGAGGCUGUAAUUGCUGCCAAAUGUGCUUCAACAAAGUACUGAGUAAAGGGUCUGAAUACUUAUGUAAAUGUGAUAUUUCAGUUAUUGAUUUUUAAUAAAUUUGCUCAAAUUUAGAUUGAUGAGGGGAAAAAACUAUUUAAUACAUUUUAGAACAAGGCUGUAACCUAAUAAAAUGUGGGGAAAGUAAAUGGUCACUGUAUGUCUUGUCUUCACCAUCAAAGAAGUAAGCUAACUUGAAUCUCAGCCCCUGUUUAGUGAGGCUGCCACAUACAUUAAAUGGGAUCAAGCAUUAGCCCAGAUCAUAUGGGCAUGAUUGCUAAAGGAGUCAUUCAGGCAUUACAGGACGACAGCUACAAUCUGCCAGAAGUUUUGCAGUCCCCCACAAAGCAAAGACAGAAUCCAUUCAACAGCACACCACUUACACCUGAAACUUUGGAGGAAACAGACAGCCAGAUACCCAAUGAAGCAAUGGAGCAAACCAAGACACCUGACGGGGAGUUUCUACCACCAUCUGAGUUCUGCGUUGCUCAUCUAACUAACUUAAAAUCGAUCUGUUACGAAAACAUCCAGAGUGCACCUAUGCACAUGCCUGUCCCCAAAAAAAGAACAAUCAUUAACAGAUCCCAGGACUCUCUCUUGGAGAGCCCAGCAGCCAGACAGGCCAGCAGCCAGACAGGCCAGCAGCCAGACAGCCCAGCAGCCAGACAGGCCAGCUUUCCCGCCCCUAGGAGCAUCCUCAAACAAAGUACCUCCACUGACUUUCUUCAGUUCCGAAACGUCUGCAGCUGCCAGCCAGAACCACAAUGUCCACAAACGCUGCACUCCAGUAACAGGGUCUUAGAGCCAUCUUUAGACCCCUGGUCUGCUAAAGAGAGAGAGACCCUGGUCUGGAUAGACAGGAAACAGGUGAGAUUCAGCCUAGCAGUGAGCAGGAGCAGCGUGGAGUGGCCCACUGAGAUGCAGGAUGGAAAGGAGCUGGGCGAACACAGUCUCCUGGAUUUGGACUGUACAAGCCCCCCAGAGGGAGAGGAGGAGACGGGGCAGUCAGACAAAAAUGGCAUCAACAGUGGUAUUGACCAGGGUGAUCACGGACCACUAAAGGAAGACAUUGAGGUUUUGACAGCUGUAGGUUCACCUUGCUGGCUCCAACAGCCCAUUAAUGAUAUGCAGAGACAGGUGGACAUAGGUGAGGGUCUGAGUUGCAGAGAGAAGCCAGAUAUAAGAUGCCUAGACACAGGCCCAGCCCAGGUCCCUGCUGAUCAACUUGACCAUCGUCAUGCUGAGUCCCUUACCCUUCAGGUGUCCAACCUCCAUUGUGCUGAGCAAGAGAAAGGUAAGCCCAUUCUCUUGGGGGCCGCAGCCCGGGGGAUCUCCCCCACCAAGAUAACAGAGGAGGACGGUCAAUCCAUGGCUAAGGUUCGCGACUGGUUCAGCUGGAACCUGGGAAGCUGUGACAAGCCACAGGUUCAGCUCCCCCAACAACCCAGUGAUGAACCAGAGACUCCUGUCGACAUCAUCACAGAUGAGAUGCCAAGUGAUGCUGCCUCUAAGAAGCCAUCUAGUCGUGUGUCUCCAAAGCCUCGGCGAAGGCUCCUAGGGAUAUUUAGUAGAUGGGAAGCAAGAGAAGAGAAAAUCCCUGAGCCGCAAAGCCCACUUAAAGAGGAGGUGGUUCUCUGUGAACAGAAAGAGCUUGACAACACCACCCUGAACUUCGUCUUCUGCCAGUCCACUGAGAAUACUUAUUCUGACCAGCAGCAAGAUCUGCAUAAAUGUGCUACUGACAAACAGUCAGCUAAAAAUGAGAAGACACCGGAAGUUAGAGAACUAGUGCUUAAAAAAGAAAUAGACCAAACUCAAAAGGAGCCACAGGGGAGUGCAUGUGGAGUAGAUACGUUACCAGAUAAACUCUCCAACUUGAAAUCAUUUUGGGAAAGAGAAAUUGGCCCUAAAAUACUGCUCAAUAAACUAAGCAAUGAUACAAUGAGGUGUGAAGUACUUGUCAGUGCUGGGGAUACUUGUGACCAAAAAAUGCAUGAUUUUGGUAAAGAUUUUGCCAAGGCUGAGACUGUUGAAGCAUCACCAUCUUUUCAAAAUAUUCAGCUUCACCUCGACACUAGUGGCACGAGAAAGUCCAAUAUCUUUGGAGCAAAAAGCAAUGAUAGUAAUGACUCACAUAUGCUGAUUAACCAUCCCUUCUCCCAAAAGGUGGAAACCUCAGAGCAGUGUAACAUAGACCUCAGUACUGCUCUGUCAUAUGACGAAAAGUCCUCAUCUUCCGUUGAAAGUAGCUACAUGUUAAAAACAUCAGGUGACAAUGGUACAUUCAGGGUUAAAUCCAUCCUUAUCUCUGAAGAUAAUUCCAGUUCAUCUGUGGGCUUGACAGUGCCUUCUCAGACAGUCCAGCCAGAUGAGAAGGUGCACAUUCCUUUACAUGUCUCUCCAUCCAGUCCCCACACAAGCCGGCAGGGGCGUGUCCCAGUGCCCCUUGUUAGACGUUCCCUCAGUCAACAGGAAAGCAGGAAGGCCAAGAUCAAUAACCUCAAGUCCUUCUGGGAGAAGGAGAAUAGUGGACCAAGGGUCAUUGUUGGCAAACCAAAGGAGGCUUUAGAUAGUCAAACCCAUCCAUUUUCAGAAACACCUCCAGUCCAUCACUCAAUUGCCACUUCUCAGUCUAGUCUAAGAACAAUUGAAACUGACCUAGGGAAGGGUGACUGUGACAAGCAAAGCUCUUCCUUAUACGGGGUUAAGGCCAGCGCCUCCGACUUGUCCAUGGCUGAAAGAAUAGAAAAGGGUUUCAUCAAGUGGAGUUCAAACUCAUCACUACCGAGUAGUCACUGUAGUGUUGGCGAUGUUGAUUCUAUAAAUCAGCAAGAUUCAUGUAAGAUGGAAACAGGGCCAAUCCUGUAUCAAGAAAGACCCUUAAGUCCUAAAACACCUCUGCCUAGAUCUGAAAUUCCAAAGUGGAAAGACAAAACUGACAAUGAACUUAAGAGAAGUCCUUCAAAGACCUGUCAUCCAAAAGCCCUGCCCAGAGGUUCAUCCAGUUUCCAAGGAGCCAGGUGUGAUAGUUCUCCAUUUAAAUCCUUCUCCAAAGACAUUGCCUCACCCACAAGGGAGCAUCAGAAUGAUCCAGAGAGAGCAACAUCAGUGGUUAAACAGAGACAAGGACUCUCACAUGAAGCAAUGCAGUCAGGAUCAGAGUCCACCAAACAUACCCUAGGAAUCACGUCUACCUCUCCACAGUUUAGAUCUGAAGAGAAGGGGCAGGAUCGCCUGACCUUUCCACGUAGAGGCUCGGCACAGAGCUCACUAACUUCUAUGAUGUCCCCGCUAUCACCUACUAGGUCGCUCCCUUGCCCCUUCAGAAGGACCAGUUUAGGGAACCUAAGUGUACAGGAGGGCAGUCCUCACUGGUCCUCUAGGCCAAAUCAUGGGGACUCGCAUAUAAGAAGAGCCUUUGAAGCUGGCAAGAUUGGUCAACAGCCCAUCAAUAGGGAUCCUGGUGAAACAAAGCUUUCGGGAGCAUCUGAAGUCUCUGAAACACAUCUCCUCCUUGCAAGAUCUUUCAUUCCCCAGAGCAACCAACAUUAUUUGGGGCUCCCUGAGCAGACACACAUCCCUCAGUUUAUCUCAGAUAAAGUGGGGAAUGACCAUCUGAGUCCCACUGUCCCCACUCCAUUGCUCCUGAGCAUGACAAGCAGUGAGGGGAGUCCAUCUUGGAUCAGUCCUAGGUCCAUGGAGAAUGUCGACAGUCACUUAUCCAGAGGAAGCAUGCCUGAGAUCUGGUCUCAAUCUCGGGCAAGUUCAAGCUGUCAUGGUGAGAACUCAAGCCCUAUCAGGUUAGAGUUUAAACAAAUGUCUUCAAGACCCUUAUCCAGAAGUCUGGAGGACGUUUUAUCACCACCAAAACGAGAAGAGAGAAGUAUAAUUGACCAAAGAAGUGAAAUGAAUCUAAAUGUGGAUGAUGCCUCUGCAGUGCCUCCCUCCUCCCUCCUUCCUCUCCGUCUCCCUCCUCCCUCCUCCAUUUCAGUCCCGGAGCAGAUGAAGAAUAUGAGCAAGUCGGUGUCUGUUAUGCAGGAUGAGAAGGAUGGCAGAGACAGUGACAGCACCUCAGUGGAAAGUCUCAACUUCAGCUGGAAAAAGCAGAUGGGCAGUUCCCUCACUAACCUUAGCCUCUCCUCUGGCAUGGCGUCCAUGUCUUCUGUGAGCGGCAGUGUGGCAAGCAUCUACAGUGGAGUAGAUGGGGAUGUGGAAGUGAAGGGAACAAUCCGGUUUGCCAUGAAUUAUGUCCAGAAGCUCGGGGAGUUCCACAUCUUUGUUGUCCACUGCAGAGAUCUUGCCGUGGCAGAACCCAAGAAGAACCGUUCUGAUCCAUAUGUGAAAUGUUACCUCUUACCGGACAAAGCAAAGAUGGGAAAGAGAAAAGCCAGUGUGAAAAAGAAGACCUUGAACCCCACGUACAAUGAGAUCCUUAGGUUUAAAGUUACCAUGGAGACCCUCAAGACUCAAGCACUUAAUGUCUCCGUGUGGCACAACGACAACUUUGGACGGAACAGCUUCCUUGGCGAGGUGGACUUGGAUUUGUCUGAAUGGGACUUUAGCAACACGCAGAUGAAUGAUUAUGCUUUGAAAGCAAGGAUCUCGACACAGUCUCUCAGUCCCUCUCACUCCCAAUCUAUUGACCAUAGAGGAGAGAUGAGAAUAGGAUUGCGUUUCCUGUCACAGAUCUCCUACAGUAAGAGGUCAUCCAAAACUGAGACGGGUGAGGUGCAGAUUUGGGUGAAAGACUGCAAGAACCUGCCUGCUAUCAGGGGUGCGAUCAUUGACCCCUUCGUGAAAUGCACCGUGCUUCCAGACACGAGCAGGAAAAGCCGACAGAAGACUCGGGUGGUGAAGAAGACGGCCAACCCCAUGUUCAAUCACACCAUGGUCUAUGAUGGCUUUCGGCCGGACGACCUACGAGAGGCCUGCGUUGAAGUCACAGUGUGGGAUUACGACCGGCUCACUAACCAUUUCAUUGGGGGCUUAAGACUGGGCCUUGGAACCGGUAAAAGUUAUGGGUUGGAGGUGGGUUGGAUGGAUUCAACCUCUGAAGAAGCAAGUUUAUGGGAGAGAAUGAUGCAUUCUCACAAUGAAUGGGUUGAGGAUAUUAUACCCUUGAGAAUGUUGAUAAUGGCAAGAGGUGUAUCAAAAUAAGAUGGUGUGUGAAAAGUUGGAUGACAAAAUGAGAAGAAAGUUGCUCAUUGGGUGUAUCAGUUUGAUGAAACUUAUAACCGAUAAUGUAAUCAGUAAUAUAAUCUCUCACUUUUUUAGGAGAAAGACCAUACAGGCACAUUGGAGUAUUGUGCUUGGUGCUUAGAUUCUUCUUAGAAUUACAUUACAAGUGUGUAUUUUAUUUUUUGAAAGAUUAACAUUUUACAUAAUCAUGCUUGUUGUCAUACAGAUCAAAUACCUACUCAGAAAUUGUUAAGAUAUAAAUAGGUUGUUUUAAUUGAUUCAUUCCAAUGCAUAUUUAUCGCUGUUUGUAUAUAUUCCUAUAUAUGUUUUCAUAAUGUUAUUCCAUGGUAAAUUAACUGAAGAAAAUGUUUCCACUAUUGAUACAACACCAUAUAUAAUCAGAAAUGUGGUGUUAUGUUAUCAUUGUUGUCUUUGUAAAAUACAUUUAUUCACAUUACUCAAUAUAGUAACAGCAUAUAUUUUUCAUCAUAGUUAAUGUUUCCACUAAUUCAGACACCCCAACAAUAAAUACAAUGUCACAUGUUGAAAAUAAAAUCAAUGUGAAUUCAAUAGUAAUAGUUAUACAAAAAAAAAUGACAUUUUUCGCCAGCAAUUGGCAGGAAGCAGUGAGAAAAAUAACCACAACAUUUGAAAUAGACUGGAAGUUGGAUUUCCAAGAGAAUGCAAAAAGAGCCGUGAUCCUAUGGGGAAUUUGGGACAGAGUUUUUUUUAAAUGCUCCAGAAUUUGUAUUAUUAAUAAUAAUAAUAUUUUGCUGUU